AGUCGCUAUCCCCAGGCGCUCUACUCGUGGGCCCCUCGACAGUGACGACGAUGACGACAAUGACGACAACCAUGUAGUAGACGAGUAUGCACCCGUUCCAUUCAGCCGACACGCUGGCAUAAUACGAACUGCAAGAAAACACGUCCUGACCACACUCCACACCAUACAGUCCGCUGGCAGAGAGUGCGCCGCCCAGCCUCCCUUCACGCGUCCUGUCUCCAGUGCGCGGUGCUGAGGCAAGCCCGCAACUCCAAGAUGGACCCUCUCGCGGCAUCGACAUGCCCUCUAUGGACUUCUCCUUCCUCCAAGACCCCGCGGCAUACCACGCCCUGCCCGCGGCCAACGUCCCGCAGCCCUUCUUAAACGCCCCAAACGCCCCAUCCGUCUCGUCCCCUCUCGACACGCUGCUGCUGUCGGGCCACUACCGCCUCGCAGCCAUAGCCGCGGCCCGCAACAUAGUCACUGCCGCCGCGCCGACCGACUAUGAGACACUGUUCCACCUCGUCCAUGUGCGCCUCGCGUGUCUGUGUCUCAUCGAGGAACACGCGCUUGCGGCGCAGGAGUCGAAGCUAUUGGGUGACCUAGAGAGCGCCUUCUACCGCCACCCCUUGACCAACGUGCACAUCGUGCCCUGGGACCUGCGCCUUUUGGCUGUGAGACUCACUGCGCUGGGCUAUGGCGAGUGGCGGAAGGGCAUAAUGGGCUACUAUGAGCUCGCGCGCGAGUGCAGGGAGAGCAUCAUCAAGUCCACCUUUGCCGACGACAAGAACCUCUGGCGCCGUCGACUCCACGAGUGCGGCAUCCGCGUAGCCAAUGUGCUGGUCGAGAUGGGCGACCUUGAGGGCGCGGGUCGCCAUCUAGGCACCCUGUCAUGCUCGGAAGAGACUGCAGACACAGCUGAUGCAAGAGUCAUCUUGCUCAUGGAGACAUUCGUAUGGCUCCGUGUCGGCGACAUCCAAGCCGCCCGCCGCUGUCUCUCUCGCGCCUCACAUGCCUCAGCAGACAAGCUCGUAGACGGCACAAUGGACGCACUGAUCCAACUCGCAGAUUCAGACUACGAGGCCGCAGCCUCGUCGUUUCGUGCUCUGCAUGAAAGCUUCCCGGACGACGCCAUGGUCAUGCAGAACUUGGCAGUGUGUUUGCUCUACACGGGCCGAAUCUCAGACGCCCGGGAUCUCUUGAGUGAGCUUGUGGAUCAGAGCCCGCCCUUUCACUCUCUAGUAUUCAACUUGAGCACAGUGUAUGAGCUGUGUACAGAAAGGAAUCGGGACAAGAAGCUUCAUCUCGCUGAGAAGCUAGCUAGCAGAAGAGACGGUGGAGGAAUGGGCUGGGAGCUCGGCAGCUCCGAGUUUAAGCUGUAGAUGAAUACAUGUGUUAUCACAAUCGACACUAGUCACCAAGAAAGCACAAAACUGUUGCAAGGCACUAUUCUCUUAGCUACCCUAAAGUACUAUGCUCCAUCGACAAAAAUUUAGCUCCACAAAGCAAACAGUCGCUCAGGCUUUCUCUAUUCGCUUGCUGCCAUGGCGCUCAGCCUUGCUUUCCAAUGAGGAUUGAACAUAUGAAACAUCAAGCAUGUACAGGCCUGCCGCCGAGGAAUCAAAGGUUGCCCCCCCCCCC